AUGUCUAUGUCGAAGGCGAAAUUCAUUUUGGGUACCGGUAAAGAGGAGUCACGCCAACUCGCUGUCUUGUCCAUGCUCGAGGAUUGGCUCGAUUAUGUAAACACGUACCGGUCUGCUGGUCUCGUAUUCAGCAACGGGCAAGUGAUCGACGUGUUGUUGAGUCACAGGCAAACAGAAGAGGUGGUAGAGAUGCUCCGAAUGCUGCAAGACGUCCCUGGCAUGGAGUACCAGGCGCACAUAUUACUGAGUAGUCUGGCAUGUCGCCUGCAAUUUCCCGCGCGGCUUCGCUUGGGGUGGACUCCUGCAGGUGUUUACCCAAUCAUGCCUAUCUCAACGGCAAAACUCAUCCCUUCGAGUUCCGGUGAAAUGGAGUUAGAUUGGCCCAUUACCUUGUCGGAGUUCCAUGAUUGGCUCGAAUAUGUGGACAAGUUCCGAUCUCUGGGUCGCGAAUUCAGCGACGAUCAAGUGAUUGAUGUGUUGACGGCCACCAGGCCAAUCGAAGAGGUGGUGGAGAUUUUUCAUAAAUUUAGAGGUGUCCAUGGCAUGAAACACCGCGCAGAUCAGUUCCAGAGGCUACUACUUUUGCGGUCGACAGCAGUUGAUUUUCAAGCUUUAGAGCAUGCUGUACAGUUAUGGCGGAAAUCAAAGCCUACUCCUAGAGAGGUUUUCCUCAUGCUGCCCAUUCCAACGACGAGAUUCGAAAUGGAAACCGUCGGAAAUACGGACGAGCCGAACGCCACCGGGUUACUUCUCGCAUCUUGGAUAUAUUAUGUUAGCGAGUACCAAGCUUGGUCUUUCGCGUUCGUUGACGACGAAGUAAUUGGGUUGUUGAUGCGCUACAGACCAGUCAACGAGCUGGUACAUUUCUUCAAUUAUCUUCGAACCGUCCGUGGUAUGAGGGACCGUGCAGACUACUUAAAAUUGGUACUACUUUGGCGACUGCUCGCUCGAUUUCCGACACGUUAA